UACUCGACCACUCCCCCGCUGCUGCACACCCAGUCUAGAGCCUGCACAUAUCUCUACACCCCGCCUCCAGGCUCUCUUGAACUUACCGGCCCGCACCCGCACCCGCGCGUGUUAGCAGCCAUCGCCGCUGCACACCACCUCUCUCACAACCCGUUCAACUAACACAGCCGCCGCGGCGCCUCCCCCAUCUUAACCCGUUGUACGCAAUGUCAUAUCAAAAGCGCAUGGACCACCUGACGGCGCUCCCGAGCGUGUCAUACCAGUUGUCGAGCCUCCCGCAGGCCAAGAGCCUGGACCAUGUUGCGCUGCACCAACCCACGCUGGCGUCACAUCUACCAGCACAAGAGGCUAAGCUGCGCAAAGCACUUUCCGUCACCUCUCAGAACUCUGCGAACAGCCAGCAACAGACCACGGCACCUAAAACUCACACAGUGCAAAAUUCACCUACGUGCUCACAAACACCGCUCAUGAUGCGUACUACUAAGUCGAAAUUACGAUGAGUGAGAUUGAGAAAGGUCUGGCCUUUCCAGUCCUUACUCCGUCACAUCUGCCUCCACCUGUCUCCUCCGUCUUCGACCGUUCAACCAUCCAACCAUCCUCCCCAUCCAUCCAAAUCGACAAUAAAUGUCCUGCACGCUCAGCGCUGCAGAGGGCUCCGAGCAAGUUGACCUUAAAGUCAUUCGUCUUCACUUCAUUGGACGACCCAACUGCGCUCAGCCACCCUUUCAUUCCAAUCUACACUCGGUUCGUCUCACAUAGAUUUUCGUUUGGUCCUUUGGUUCUUGCGUUUGGGUCGCCUAUCUCUAUCCUCUUUACCUUUCUUUUCCUGUCAACCGUGUCGUUAUCGUUAUCGUUGGGCGUUUGGAUCGUCGUUUACUUUGUACUUCAUCAUUUGGCUUAUCGGGACCUCUGGAGCACCAUUACCAUCACCUCCGCCACCUUACCACAUAAUCAUACCCAAUCGUCACUGCCAUAUUUCGCUAGCUUUCUCCCUGUUCGACCCGGUUAAGCUGGUUCUAUCAUCCGCCGUCCACUAGCACCCCACUCUGUCGUGCCGACUUGCACGCUUUCCGGGGUGGUCGGCGUCCGCAGCCAACGCUGCAUGCGCUUUAUCAGCCAUCCGAAAAAUUUUGCGCCGACACGUCAUGCCUGCAUACGCUCUUCCUUCGUUGUACCGGUGCUUCGGGUGUUCCGAUGUCCGGCCGUCAGCAGCUACCUAGACGUGCUUCGGCGUGCUGCAUUGUACGUCACGACGAUGUUUGGGGCAUUGUGUUUUGGUAGUCGGGUUGCCUCCAGCUCCUUCCCGCUGUUAUCCUAUUUCUCUGGUACACCCAGGACUCUUAAAUUUUUCGGAGUUUGCAAGAAACCCACUAUUGCUUCGGACUCCAGGCUUCUUAUCCCUAGCUACUUCGUGUUUAGCAUGCGGAUCGCUGCUAUUUCCUUUUUCUUCGUUUUCUUUCUGCUUUGCGUCUCGUUUGAGUUUCGGGCUUUGGUGUAAUUGUUUCUUGUCUGCCUGCAUCCUUCCUUGCCUUGUCUCAUCAGUUCAGUCUUUCUUCAUCUCAUAUCCCAUACAUAGACUUCUUUCGUCAUUUCUGUCCUGACUACCGCUCUCCACUGGUUUGGUUUCUUUCAAACAACACAUUAUUCAACCAAAGCAAAUAACAUCUAGCCCUCCCCGUCCAAAUUCAUCCAACCAAUUUCAGGCAAAGCUGUAUCUAGUCACUACUCGUCUCAUCUCGUACAUACAUAAUCCGUUUUGAAUCAACCCACUCAUCUUAUAUUGGUAUUCGUAGUUUUUGCGUAGCGUAUUCAAUCUAACAGAGUUGAAUAAAA